AAAAGAAACCAGGAAGUAAGGAGAAAUUAUCACAGUCUGUUCCUAGCUCAGGAUGUUAAAGGCAAUAGCCUCAGCUGGUUGGUUAUUCAUUAGCAAAAAGAAAAGAGCAGUGGGGGUCAGGACUGGUCAAACUACAGAGCCGGACUUGAAGCAGGGAGAGAGCUCCUGGCAAAGGCAGGCCGUGGAGAUGUUACCUGGAGUUAACAUCUUUCUCUUCUUAACUUUUCUUUGGGACAAAAGGCAAGAUGUCUCUUUUCUGUUCUCAGACAUUUGUCUAAAUAAAGCCUGCUGAGUUUUAUUUUUGUUGUGGGAUUCCCAAGCAGACAAGAAGAGAAGGCAUCUUCCCACUGAGCAGCUGCCCAGCUCUCACUCGGUUGUGCUCUGGGACAGCAGCUACGGCUACAGAAAGCAAACCGGUGAGUUCCUCCAAGCAGGGCUUGCCGCAGCCAGGUCUGUUGGACUGUAGCAAAACAGGGCUUUGCACACUCUCUGCAGCCUGGUGAGUUGGUGCUGAUUUCAAAGCUGCCUGGUGGAGGAAUAGAAAGUGGAUCAGCAGAGACCAAGGGAAGAGGGAGAAGCCCCUCUCUCCUCCUCCGCACAGGUGCACCAUGGGCAACGUCUGCCUGAGGCUCCGGGCGUACUUGGAGCCCUGUCUCCCCUGCUUGUUCCAGGAGGCAGACAAGCCCGUGGUGAUUGAGAACCCAGGGGCCCGCUCCCUGCCUGAUGCUCCCCAGCCACCAAGUCAGGAGCCUGAGAGAAGCCAUGGCCAUUAUUUUGUGGCUUUGUUUGACUACCAGGCUCGGACUGCAGAGGACCUGAGCUUCCGCGCUGGUGACAAGCUCCAAGUCCUGGACGCUUCCCACGAGGGCUGGUGGUUCGCCAGGCACUUGGAGAAAAGGGGAGAUGGCUCUGGCCAGCAACUGCAGGGCUAUAUUCCUUCGAACUAUGUGGCUGAGGACAGGAGCCUCCAGGCAGAGCCGUGGUUCUUUGGAGCAAUCAAGAGAGCAGAUGCAGAAAAACAGCUAUUAUAUUCAGAAAAUCAGACGGGUGCUUUUCUAAUCAGAGAAAGCGAAAGCCAGAAAGGAGAAUUCUCCCUCUCAGUUUUACAUGGCAGGGUUGUGAAACACUACAGAAUCAGAAGGCUGGAUGAAGGGGGCUUUUUCCUUACCCGAAGACAGACCUUCUCAACACUGAAUGAAUUCGUGAGUCAUUACAUGAAAACAAGUGAUGGCCUAUGCGUGAAACUGGGAAAACCAUGCUUAAAGGUAGAAGUCCCAGCUCCCUUUGAUUUGUCAUAUAAAACUGUGGACCAGUGGGAGAUAGACCGCAACUCUGUACAGCUUCUGAAGCGAUUAGGAUCCGGUCAGUUUGGCGAAGUGUGGGAAGGCCUGUGGAACAAUACCACUCCAGUAGCAGUAAAAACAUUGAAACCAGGUUCAAUGGAUCCAAAUGACUUCCUGAGGGAGGCACAGAUAAUGAAGAACCUGAGACAUCCAAAGCUUAUCCAGCUUUAUGCCGUUUGCACUUUAGAAGAUCCAAUUUAUAUUAUUACAGAGUUGAUGAGACAUGGAAGUCUGCAAGAAUAUCUCCAAAAUGAUGCUGGAUCAAAAAUCCAUCUGCCUCAGCAGGUAGACAUGGCGGCACAGGUUGCCUCUGGAAUGGCCUAUCUGGAGUCCCAGAACUACAUCCAUAGAGAUCUGGCUGCCAGAAAUGUCCUUGUUGGUGAACAUAAUAUCUACAAAGUGGCAGAUUUUGGACUUGCAAGAGUUUUUAAGGUUGAUAAUGAAGACAUCUAUGAAUCUAAACACGAAAUAAAGCUGCCGGUGAAGUGGACCGCGCCUGAAGCCAUUCGUUCUAAUAAAUUCAGCAUUAAGUCCGAUGUGUGGUCGUUCGGAAUCCUUCUUUAUGAAAUCAUUACUUAUGGCAAAAUGCCUUAUAGUGGUAUGACAGGUGCUCAGGUCAUCCAGAUGUUGGGUCAAAACUACAGACUCCCUCAACCAUCUAACUGCCCACUGCAAUUCUACAACAUCAUGUUGGAGUGUUGGAAUGCAGAGCCCAAGGAGCGGCCAACAUUUGAGACACUGCAUUGGAAACUUGAGGAUUAUUUUGAAACAGACUCUUCUUCAUAUUCAGAUACGGAAAACUUCGUAAGAUGAACACGGAAGAAGAACAUCAAAUAAUGAAGUAGCAAUAAAGUUCAAUAAUCAGUCCAGAAAUACGACCCUGUUAACCAAUUGUAAAAUGAGUUUAUCUUGACAUAUUCAAGUGACGGGGUAAUUUGGCCAUGAAUUAUAAAAAAGAUUAUAUGUACAUUUUAUUAAUGGGGCAACACGACAGGCUAUCUAAGAUGAUACAUCAUCUCCUCACUGCCUGACAAGAUGAAAGGCACUAAACAAAGUUAUUUUUCUUUUUAAAAGAUACUUACAAUUCUAUUUAUUGUUUGAAAUGCCGAUCAAGAGGAUCAACAGAUGAUAGUCAAUUUUUACUCAGUGACUGUUGUAGCAUUUUCCUGUUUACUGAUUAAAGUGGUUAUUCAUUAUUCCUCGGAUUGCUGAAUCCCAUCAGCCUGUUAUUAUGAAGGAAUUUGAUUGCUUUGCUGCACAGCAGGACCUGUGCUUUGAGAUUUUUUUUCUCUUUUAAAAUAUCCUGUAACUACAAUGAUGGUAAAGCCAUGUUAAAUGACUUGAUUGUACUUGGAGUAAUUGCACAUAUUUUUUCUCCUAUGCAGAAACAAAUGAAGCAGCUGUUGAGAAAAAGAAUUAAAAUCUCUUUCAUUUUGUAGAAGGAAAUGAUGGAAUUUUUCUAUACCUCAGUAUGUGUCAUCUGAGAAUCAUCUAAAUUCGUUUUAAUCUCUUAAUGUUAAGAAUCAGAUUGUAAAGCUGAUGAGUUAUUAUCUAUGGAAAUAUGCAAGAAACAUAUAAUAGCCCACAGGAUCUGAGAAAUAGGUAUCAAAAUAGUUUCGGAAAAUGAGAGGAGAGCAGUAGGAUGUUACGGCCUAGGAUUUCUGAAUAAUUAAAACAAUGUACCUUUGGCAUAAAAGCAAGAGUUUUAAGUUGAUUACAAAACAGGUCAAGCUCUCUUUCCAUCUAGAGAGGAGGAAAAGUGUCUAACUUUGGUUAUGAAACUGUAUUUUUUGUCUGGUAGGACAAGAGGAUUUUUACUCAUCUUAAGUUUGCAUUAAACUUUGUAAGAAUGUGACUGCCCCCUUAAGCAAAGGGUGUAUCACAUUCUGUGUCUCAUUAGAUGAUUAGACAAAGUUCUCAAAGGUGGUUCAAAGAUCUUCUGAAGCUCAGCAAGAUGAAUGAAACAAGUCAGAAGAAAACAAGAUUUUGAGUAUAUUCUGUCAUCUUUCUUUAAAGGGGAAGAAGAGCAUAUCUAAACAGUUAUAAAAACCCUAAUCCAACGUGGAUUAAGCACUAAGUAAAUUUGUAAACUCUCUAACUGGAAGACAGGAGGUAGAGCGGGCUCCAGGCACAAUCCAUUAGCAGUUGGAUGAUGUUAACCAACACCCCAGUCCUUUCCUCCCCUCCCCUCUGCCAUCAGCAUUGUCCUCAUUCCCGUGGUUGCAGAUGGCCAUCAGUAGCAACUGGGACACCCUCUUCUCUUUAUCUAAUGGGAGAAAAUGGGAAACCUCUCUCUCUGCAUUUUCAGCUUGCAUAAAAAUCAUUCUUUUUCUGUUCAGGUAAAUUGGGUCAAAUGCCCAGUCCUAAUUAUAGACAAUGUGAAUGUUAGGUGCUGAUUGGCUUAGAGUAAAUUUUGCCACUGAAGCUGAGAAUGUGCUCACCUUUCUUGGAGACAAGUUGGGAGGUAGCCUUAUCUGAAUAAAAUUAGAGAAGAUUAGAUGCUGGAUGGUGUCUAUUAAGGAGAAAAUCCCCUAUUAUAUAUAUAUAUAGUAGGUAGGUGUGUACACAUCACUCAAACUGUCCUGAAACUAAAAUGGGUCAUGUGGAGCUAAUGAUUAUAAAGUCCCUUGAUUCAUUUAUAAACAGCAAAUAUUUGUAAGAUAAGGUCAACACUAAUCUUUUUAAUUAGUUGACCAUGUAUAGGACAACUUCAAUUAUUUAUUUAAAGUCAUCGAGUCUAAUGCAAUCAAGGAGCAAAUUAUAAAUAACCAGUUAUUAAAAAUUCAAAGAAAAUAGCUCAUUUUCUACAAGUUCACUGCUUGGAGUUCAAUAAUGCUUGAACGUAUAUAGAAAUGAAUUGAAAUAUUGCCAUUUUGUUGUGAAAAUUCAACUACUAUAAUUGUCUUUUUGUGGUAGCUAAUAAUAAUAAAUUUUUUAGUAAGAUUUGAUUUUGAAAUGUAAAAGGAAGGUUAUCCUUUCUUGUUUGAAUAUCACCUGAAACCCAUUUAACUUACUACGUUUGAUUCUUGGAGACAUUUAUGUUCAAGAUUCUGUCAAAGCAAUCUAUUAUUCUUGUUUUUACCUGAUGAAUCAUGGAGAAAAAUAAUGGAUUCAGUUAUGAGAAGCAGUAAUAGAUUUUUUUUAAACUGACAUAAAUUUCUUUCCCUGUAUAGAAUAAAAGGAUCAGGAAAAGAUAAGUUGAAUUUUCUUACAAUGAGUCAGCUCUUGUUAAAUUUACCUCCCAUAAAUUGUAGCAAAGCACUUUCUAUGUAAUGUUUUAUUUAUGUAAUUCAGUUAUUUGGAGGCGGUGGUGAGGGAUGGGAGUAGAUCAUUUCAUGUGGUAUUUCAAAUCUCUUUUGACAAAAACCUAAGAAUUUUUGCAGUAGGAAAAAUUCAAAAUUCCAUUAAGCCUCUUUUAAGAAGGUUAGGAAGGAAAUAGGCCUACAUUACCUAUGGUCAAAAGAGAAAGAGAAUGUGCUCCUGAUAGUUGUGGAACCUGAAUAUUGUGUCAUCAAAAACAAAGAUAAAGUCAAGGUGACCAGCCAUCUGCAAAGUAGACUGUGAGAGUGGGUAAUCUUAAAGGACGACAAAGAACGAGCCAUGGGGAAAUAGCACACUGGGCCCCUUCAUUCACUCAUUCUACUCCAGCUUGUGUCUGCAUGGUGACUGCACGGAUUGACUGAACCAUAAGGGGCCCAAACUCUUUUGAUUCUCUGAUGGCCCAAAGGAAACCAUAGCCCUUGGAAGGAUGCCGACUGUCACCCAGCUGGAGCUUCCUGGAGAAAGUGGGCUCAGCUGGUGAUCCAUGGCUUUGCCAAGAAUAUGCCCUACCUGCAAUAACGUCUUUCGUGGUGUCGUUGAGUAUGUGGUUUCUGGACCAAAUGCCCGGGCUAGUAGUGUGUCUGUGGUGACUUUCCAGGACUCUUUGCAAAGACACAUUAUGUGAACUAGAAUGGUAAUAAUUUGUGUACUUAUUCAAAUUGUGCCGUUGUGUUCUCCCUUUGAGAAAGGCUGCUUUAAAAGAUAAGUAAAUGAGGUUUGUAUGGAUGGGCAUUUGAAUUGCCAGUGGGCUCAUCUGGAAAUGUAUUGUCUUUUGCUGUAUCAUUAUAGAGAAGUUUUGGUCUGUAAUCUUCAACAUGAUCCAAAAAUUCAGUGUCAUAAGAUUUUAAAAAAAGCUGGGAAUUUUGGUAGAGAACACUUACAAAUCUUUUAAAUCCAUGACCCCAGUAAUAUUUUAAUUUUCACAGCCUACAUUGCACCAUUAAACUCCUUCGGAUUUUUCUCUUUUUAUGUUAAGGAAGUGAUGGUAAAUCUCUUAAAUUGUUUAUUACAUUUAGAAAUAAACUGGAGAAUAAAAGUUGUAUGCAGACCCUGAAUUCAGAACCCUUAACAAGUUUAACUUCAGUCUGCACUCACAUGACACUGUCUACAUAGGAGUGAGAAGAUUAAGUUAUAAGGAAAGAGACCCUUAAUUAUUUCCAUUUAGUCUUCUUGCCUGGGUGGUUAGUUUAUCCAUUAGUCAUCUAAAGCAACAGACUUCAAUGUAACAUCUUUUUCACCCUCAUGGAAAACAGUCAGUCCCUCCAGAAAAGGGCAGCAAAUCUGAAACAUGACUAAGUAUCUCAUUAUGUCUAUUGCUGUGCAGGGGGUUCAAGGCAUAUAACAUAACAACCAUGAAAUCAUAUGUUAGGGAAAAAUGGUUAAAAGCAACUAAAAUUGCUUGAUUUGGAAGAAGCUAAACAUUGUCUAGUAAUAAUUUCCGGAGAUUUUAGAAUAAAGGCUUUGGUUGAACUAUUUGUGAAAGAUAAAGUUGCUUGAUAAUAACCAAAUUCCGUUUAAUUUUUAUGGUCCACGUAAUUUCAGGGUAAAAGAUAUCACAGCUUUUAAUCAUUCUUCAAAAUAGACAUUUAAUUGUAGAUUCAGAAAGUGGGAAACAAAGCUGAUUAGCCAGAUUAGUAUACUUUAAAGGUACCACAGUGAGAUUUUUGUCUCUAAAAAAUGUUUAUUUCUAUAUUAUACCUUUUA